AGCCCUUCUGCCCUCCGGAGGCGCCUUUCCCAACGUAAAGUACAAUUUUAAAUUUCAGCUCCUGACUAAAAUCAUGAUCCGCAGUCAACUGCUAGAGAAUCUGGGCACCCCGGUGCCUCUGGAGCGUGCAGCGGGUGUGGGCAAGGGCAGGGGGAGUGGGCGAAGCUGCUGGUUGGUGCCUGAAAUCUGUGCGUUGCCCCUUUAAUUGUGUCCCCAGCCCUCGGGCGUUUCUGUCCAACGCCCACGUCAGCAAAUACCUUUUGUUUCUCUCACGUUGGGGCUACUUGUUUUAGGGCGCAAAGGAACGGCCUCGAAAGGGGGUCCUUCCCCAACCGAGAACCAGGAAUCUUCCCUCGGCCCGCGCGCGCGACCGGCCGGUGCGCCGCGGCCCGCGGACAAUCCUCCAAACACAGACUGUUUGACUUAGAAUCUUCCCUUUUUACUCCAUUCAAGAGCAGCAUUCACAAAUUUCCAGGCUCUCACUGUGUUAUCCAGGCUGGAGUGCAGUGGCUAUUUACAGGUGUGAUCAUAGCGCGCUACAGCCUCUAACUCCUGGAUUCAAGCGAUCCUGCUGCCUCAGCAUUUCAAAAUGGAGAUCUCCUCUCAUCAGUCUCACCUCCUGCAGCAACUGAACGAGCAGCGCAGGCAAGAUGUAUUUUGUGACUGCAGUAUUCUAGUUGAAGGGAAGGUCUUCAAAGCACAUCGAAAUGUAUUAUUUGCUAGUAGCGGCUACUUUAAAAUGCUUCUUUCUCAGAAUUCAAAGGAGACAAGUCAGCCAACCACAGCUACAUUUCAGGCUUUCUCCCCUGACACUUUUACAGUUAUCUUGGACUUCGUAUAUUCUGGCAAACUGUCUCUUACUGGUCAGAAUGUCAUAGAAGUGAUGUCGGCUGCUAGCUUCCUUCAGAUGACUGAUGUCAUAAGUGUAUGUAAGACUUUUAUUAAAUCUUCCUUAGACAUUAGUGAGAAAGAAAAAGAUCGCUAUUUCAGUCUCUCAGAUAAAGAUGCCAAUUCUAAUGGUGUAGAACGUUCCUCUUUUUAUAGUGGUGGCUGGCAAGAAGGAAGCAGUUCUCCACGUUCUCACCUAAGCCCAGAGCAAGGAACAGGUAUAAUAAGUGGAAAAUCUUGGAAUAAGUAUAAUUAUCAUCCAGCCUCCCAGAAGAAUACUCAACAACCCUUGGCCAAGCAUGAACCAAGGAAAGAGUCCAUUAAAAAGACCAAACAUUUAAGAUUGUCACAGCCUUCUGAAGUUACUCAUUAUAAGUCAAGCAAACGAGAAGUACGAACAUCUGAUUCUUCCAGCCAUGCUUCCCAGUCUGAAGAACAAGCACAGAUUGAUGCUGAAAUGGACUCUACUCCUGUUGGCUAUCAGUACGGUCAAGGAUCUGAUGUCACAUCUAAAAGUUUUCCAGAUGAUCUGCCUCGGAUGCGAUUCAAGUGCCCGUACUGCACACAUGUGGUGAAGCGGAAGGCAGACCUAAAGCGCCACCUUCGUUGUCAUACAGGAGAAAGGCCCUAUCCAUGUCAAGCUUGCGGAAAAAGAUUUAGCAGGCUAGACCAUCUAAGUAGCCAUUUUCGAACAAUUCACCAGGCAUGUAAACUCAUCUGCAGAAAAUGUAAACGUCAUGUGACAGAUCUAACAGGGCAAGUGGUACAGGAGGGAACCAGGCGCUACAGACUGUGUAAUGAGUGUCUUGCAGAAUUUGGCAUAGACAGCCUCCCCAUUGACUUGGAAGCUGAACAACAUCUUAUGUCCCCAUCAGAUGGAGAUAAGGAUUCCAGAUGGCACUUGAGUGAAGAUGAGAAUAGAUCCUAUGUGGAGAUUGUAGAAGAUGGGUCUGCUGAUCUGGUCAUCCAACAGGUUGAUGAUAGUGAAGAAGAAGAAGAAAAAGAAAUUAAGCCCAACAUUAGGUAGCUGUAAUGUGAACCAACAGAGCUGGCAUGUCUGCAAUUUACAUUGACUUCCUGUAUCUCUCUCUUUCUGUGGUCAGAGUCUAGUUAACAAAUUUAUCACACUGACUUUAAAGAAAUGAUCUGAUAUAACUUGCAUGCUUUCUGAACAGGCCAUUGUAUCCAUUCUGAACUUUGUUGCCCUAAAAUGUGUUGCUGCACUGGAAAGAAAGAACUAGCUUGAAGUUGGCAUGAUGGAUGAACAAUUAUCCUCUUACUUUCAUUACAAUCCUCUUACUUUAUUACAGAGAUACCCUUUUUCUUUUAAUAUUGGAGGAUCUACUUAGCAAACUUUUUUCAAAGAAAAUACUUUAAAUAAAUUCACCACAACCAAA